AUGGCUCCCAAACUUGACCACAUUGUGCUCCUCGUGCCACACGCGGUGCUCUCGACGCUGCCGACCUGGCUGACCGGUGCGUUGACAGUCGUCCCCGGCGGCCAGCAUGCGGGCGGCGUCACGGAGAACCAGCUGGUGCUGUUUCAAGACGGCGUCUACGUCGAAAUUAUAGCGUUUGUCGGCGACGACGCAAAGAAACGGGAGGCGCACCGCUGGGGCCGUCAACCAGAGGGCCAUUUCGUCGACUGGGCCGUGAGCCUGGACAAGCCGACACAGAAAGAGAACGACGAUGCCUUUGCAGAGAUUCAAAAGCGGGUGGCCGCAGCCGGUGCGGGCCUGGGCUACCACGACCUGGUGGACGGCGGCCGGACGACGCCGGACGGGGUCGUUCUCCAGUGGGCGACGGCGUCGCCCGUCGCCCUGCCGGGACACGGCGCCGUGUCGGGCGGCCUGCUCCCGUUCUGGUGCAUUGACCGGACCGACCGGACGCUGCGGGUGCCGUAUGCGACGCGGCCGGAACUAGCACAGCACCCAUCCCAGGCCGUCGGCGUGGCGGGUGUGACGCUGCACGUUGCGGACGCGGCAGUCGUGGACCGGCUGCGCACGGCCUACGACGUCUUGCUGACAAGGAGUGGAGACGGCGCGGAAGACGCGUGGGACGUGGCGGCGCCCGAGACGCCGUCGCACGGGCAGACGGCGACACUGAGCAUUGCCGUGCUGGACAGGACGACAGCAGGACCGGGGAUUCACAGCUGGAUCGAGCUUGCCUUGUUCACGACCGGCCCGGCCAAGAUAGUUGGCGGGCACAUUGUGGACGGCUGGCGAAUCGACAUUCGGCUCGAGUCCGUGGCGUAA